AUGAAACAACCUGAGGAACCAAAUAAAGAAGAUUGUUGUAAUAGUGGUUGCAGCCCUUGUAUUUUUGAAGUUUAUGAAAAACAAUUACGAUUAUAUAAAAAUUUUCAGGAAUGUGGUGAAAUAUUAGACCAAAAGGAAAAUGGAAUAUCACAACUAGAAUACACUACAUUCACAGUGAUCAAUGUUAAUUCUCUAUGCGAUUUUCAUAAAAUAAUAACUUUUAAAAAAUUGAAUAAGGAAAAAAAUGAAAUACAAAAAAUAUGGUGGAACCCUGGAGACCAUUUUCUUCUCAAAUAUUGCUUUGAUACAGGAUCAUGUACUAGAGCUUAUACACCUAUAAAAAUGACUCCUCAUUCUCAGGAAUUUGAUUUUUCCAUAAUUGUGAAGCAAUAUCAUACAGGUCUAGUUUCUAAAUAUUUACAUAGUUUAAAAGAAGGAGAUCAAACAUUAUGGCGAGGUCCAUUUGGGUCUUAUGAAAUAAUACCCAAUAAAUAUACCAGGCUUAUCAUGCUUGCUCAAGGAACAGGUAUUACACCAUUUAUAUCUAUUAUAGAUAAAAUAUUAAAUAAUGAAGAUGAUUUUACAAAAAUUGUACUUUUUUAUUGUUGUUCUUCUGAAGACAAAAUAUUGUUAAGAAAUGAGUUGUAUACAUAUAAAUCUUUCUGGAACUUUACAUAUAAAAUAUUUUUAAAUUCAUUAUCGAAAAAUGGGGCACAUAAAUAUCAUGAGCCUGUCCAUAAUCAGAAACUCAAAUAUGAUGAUUUACUGGUAUUGAAACCAUUUACAAUUAAUGAUCAGUUUUUAUUGUGUGGUUCAAAACUUUUUAUAAAUGAAUACAAAUGUUUUUUACAAAAUGAAAAUGUACUGCAUGAAAACAUAGUAUCAUUUUAA